AGGUGAGGAGGCUUGCGCCUACGAGGUGGGCGGGUCUUUAGACCAAUACAGUCGAGGCAUCCCUCUAACCCACAGUGUAGACGGUACCGGGCAGGACCGCUUCGACGGUGGUCAUCUCUUCAGCCACGUGGUGUUACCAGGGCAACCACGGUCACGACAACCCAAGCUGCAGCACAACCAGUCCAUCCUCAGGAAGCAGGCCGAGGAGGACUCAAUCAAAUGCUCCCGAUCCCUGUCUGAGAGCUAUGAGCUGUCAGCCGACCUACAGGACAAAAAGGUGGAGAUGCUGGAGCGUAAGUAUGGAGGCCGUUUCAUAACGCGUCAUGCGGCCCGCACCAUCCAGACAGCCUUCCGCCAGUAUCAGAUGAACAAGAACUUUAAACGUCUCCGCAGUUCCAUGUCCGAGAACCGCAUGUCCCGACGUAUCGUCCUGUCCAGCAUGAGGAUGCAGUUCUCCUUGGAAGGCCCUGAGAAUGUUCAUCAGUCGUCCUUCCUCACCGACAACGGAACCAAACACCUGGGGGCCCUGGUCCAAUCAGAAUGCAGCUCUGACCUGGGGGGUGUGGUCCCAGGUACUAUGAAGUCACCUGUGGUGGCCCAGAACGAUGACUUCACUGACGCUAUAACGGAGCUGGAGGACGCGUUCUCCCGUCAGGUCAAGUCUCUGGCCGAGUCGAUAGACGAUGCUCUGAAUAGUAGGAGUCUGCACAGGGAGGAGGGGGGGGCAGGAGAGACGAGGCAAGGGGGGAGAGGACACCCUGACCUGGACAAAGACCGAGACAGAGAGCUGCUCUCCUACCAGGUCAAACCCUCCUCACACAGCAGUGCGGAACACCACAAACUGGAUGAGAUGACAGCAUCAUACAGCGAUGUGACUCUCUACAUUGAUGAGGAAGAGCUGUCCCCUCCUCUCCCUCUGUCUCAGUCCCUGGACCAUUCCUACUCUCCUCUCCCUCUGUCUCAGUCCCUGGACCAUUCCUACUCUCCUCUCCCUCCGUCUCAGUCCCUGGACCAUACCUACUCUCCUCUCCCUCUGUCUCAGUCCCUAGAGCGCCCCUACAUCCCCCUACCAUCGGUAGACCGGCCCUCCUCCAAAGAGUCGGAGCUGCGUUUGCGUUCUCUCUCCUGGUCUCUGGUCCAUAAGGAUGAUAAAGGUCAGGGGUCAGACACCUCCUGCCGCAGCACACCCUCCCUGAAGCAGCAGGAGCAGAGGCUUAGGGUCGACCGCCUCCCACUGCUGACCAUCGAGCCGCCCAGCGACAGCUCUGUGGAGCUCAGUGACCGUUCCGACCGCUCCAUUCUGAAGAGACAGAAAGCCUACGAUCGCCAGCCCAUUAGUCAGCCAGCCAGCCCCAAACAUCCCCCUCCUCACCCCUCCUCCUUGUCUCACCCCCGUGGCCUGCCCCCCAAGGGAACCUCCUGGGAUGAGGAUGCUCCCCGCUACCGGCCACGCGCACUAGAGGCCCACCUGGCGAUCAACGGGAUGGCUAACCGGCAGAGCAAGUCAGAGUCGGACUUCUCAGAUGGGGACAAUGACAGUAUCAACUCUACAUCUAACAGUAAUGACACUAUUAACUGCAGCUCUGAGUCCUCCAGUAGAGAACAGACCCUCAGAAAACAGACCUAUCACAAAGAGACACGCAGCAGUUGGGACUCACCGGCCUUCAGUAAUGAUAUCAUCAGGAAGAGACACUAUCGUAUCGGACUAAACCUGUUUAACAAGAAGCCAGAGAAGGGUUGCCAGUACCUGACGGAUCGAGGGUUUGUCCCAGACACUCCAGAGGGAGUGGCUCACUUCCUGCUCCAGAGGAAGGGUCUGAGCAGGCAGAUGAUUGGAGAGUUCUUGGGGAACAGGCAGAAACAAUUCAAUAGAGACGUCCUGGAUUGUGUGGUGGAUGAGAUGGAUUUCUCAGCCUUGGAACUAGAUGAGGCUCUCAGGAAGUUCCAAGCUCACAUCAGAGUCCAGGGAGAGGCCCAAAAGGUGGAAAGACUCAUAGAAGCAUACAGUCAGAGGUACUGUAUCUGUAACCCCGGGGUGGUACGACAGUUCCGUAACCCCGACACCAUCUUCAUCCUGGCGUUCGCCAUCAUCCUCCUCAACACUGACAUGUACUCUCCCAACGUCAAGCCAGAGAGGAAGAUGAAGCUGGAGGACUUCGUCAAGAACCUCAGAGGUGUGGAUGAUGGAGGGGACAUCCCACGGGAGAUGCUGACAGGUAUAUAUGAGAGGAUCAGGAAGAGGGAACUGAAGACAAAUGAAGAUCACGUCUCUCAGGUCCAGAAGGUUGAGAAACUCAUUGUUGGGAAGAAACCGAUUGGUUCUCUGCACCAUGGUCUAGGCUGUGUUCUGUCUCUGCCACACCGCAGGCUGGUGUGUUACUGCAGGUUGUUUGAGGUUCCAGACCCCAACAAGCCUCAGAAACUGGGUCUGCACCAGAGAGAGAUCUUCCUCUUCAAUGACCUGGUGGUGGUGACAAAGAUCUUCCAGAAGAAGAAGAACUGUGUGACAUACAGCUUCAGACAGUCCUUCUCCCUUCAUGGGAUGCAGGUGCUGCUGUUUGAGAACCAGUACUAUCCUAACGGUGUGCGGUUAACUUCGGCGGUUCCCCGAGCGGAUGUCAAGCUUUUAAUCAACUUCAACGCUCCCAACCCUCAGGACAGGAAGAAGUUCACUGACGACCUGAGAGAAUCCAUUGCCGAGGUCCAGGAGAUGGAGAAAUACCGCAUAGAGUCGGAGCUAGAGAAGCAGAAGGGCGUGGUCCUUCCCAGUCUAUCACAGAGCUUGGGGCUGAAGAAGGACUCUGGGAACGGCCAAAUGGGUCGAGGGAGCCUUGAUGACAACUACGCCAUGGGGGAGGGGCUAAAGAGGAGUGCCCUCAGCAGCUCGCUACGAGACCUCUCAGAUGCAGGUAAGCGUGAGCGUCGCAGCAGUGCAGGAUCAGUAGACAGCAAUACUGAAGGCUCCAUCAUUAGCCACCCCAGUCCCCACAUGAGACGCAGAGCCACGUCUUCCCGAGACAGAGACGGUCCUUCCAGAGGACAUUCUGUCCCCACCACCUCCUCUUCCCUCCUGGGCUCUUUGUUCGGGACCAAGAGGGCCAAGUCCCCCUCCCUGUCCCCCCAGCACCCCACCAACCUGCACCAGACGGCCCAGAGCCAGGCAGAUACACAGAACCAGCUGCUUCAAGGAGCCCAGUACUGCCAGAACCCUCCACCCUACCACCACCACCACCACUACCACCCCCCUGCCCCUGGGUCUGCCCCCUCCUCCUCUCAUCCACCUCCCCCUCCUCACCACCACCCACUGCCUCCCACACCCACUGCCUCCUCCACCAAGCCCAAACACAGCGGCAUCAGCACCGUGGUUUGAGGACAGAAACGCACACAGACGCGCACACAGACGCACACACAGACGCACACACAGACGCACACACAGACGCACACACAGACGCACACACA